AUGCAGCUGGAUGGACUCCCCACCAAUCCGAAGGGACCGAGCUCCGCGGAUUCAGGGCUCACUGUACAGGAAGACCGCCGCCCCCCGGAUGCAGAUAUUGCCAUCCAUGACCAAGUAGAGAUUGCAAACCUCGCCCGCAAAACCACCACAGUAUCCGGCCACCCAGUCGCCAAUCCGUUUAUCGCCGCCGACGACCCUCGCGCUGACCCUCGAUCGGACCAGUUCGACGCGGCGCACUGGGCAAGACUGGUCCUCCGAUUGGCCUCGCAGGACCCCGAGAGAUAUCCCCGACGCAAAGCCGGGGUCGCCUUCCGGAACCUGAGUGUUUCCGGCAAGGGGAACCCGGUGGCUUACCAGAAGACCUUCGCCAACGUCUUCUUGCAGCUGAUGGACCAGGUCCCGGGCCUCCUCAAUCCCCACCACCAGCAACGGACGAUCCGCAUUUUGAAAGAACACGACGGGCUGGUGUGCAGUGGGGAGAUGUUGCUCGUUCUUGGGAGCCCUGGCAGCGGAGUGUCAACCCUGCUGAAAACCAUCGCCGGUGAAACCAAGGGGCUGAAGCUCGAUGAGGACUCAGAGUUCAAUUACCAAGGGAUCCCUCAAAAGGCAAUGCACCAGGAGUACCGUGGUGAUGCCAUAUACCAGGCCGAGACGGAGGUGCAUUUUCCACAUUUGACUGUUGGGCAGACCCUCGAGUUUGCAGCAUUGGCGAAAACGCCCCGGAAUCGGUUUCCAGGAGUGUCUAGCCGCGCUUAUGCCACUCACAUUCGGGACGUGGUCAUGGCCGUCUUUGGCAUCUCCCAUACCCUCAACACCAAGGUGGGCAAUGACUUUGUCCGCGGCGUCAGUGGGGGAGAGCGCAAGCGAGUGAGCAUUGCAGAAGUUGCUAUUGCCCAGAGCCCCCUCCAAUGCUGGGACAAUAGUACCAGGGGGCUUGAUAGCGCUACAGCCGUUGAGUUUGUGCGGACCAUUCGACUCUCACUGGGCGUCCUCGAGUCCGCUGCGAUCGUUUCCCUUUACCAGGCUCCUCAGCAGGCCUAUGAUUUGUUCGAUAAAGUCACCGUCCUCUACGAUGGCCGCCAGAUCUACUUUGGACCCAUUGACCAGGCCAAAGACUACUUCGUUGCACUUGGGUACCACUGCCCCAGUCGUCAAACCGUUCCGGACUUUCUCACAUCAAUAACAAGUCCAAUCGAACGAACGGCGCGGCCGGGAUUCGAAGAUCGGGUCCCACGCACGGCAGACGAGUUUGCGGCUCGGUGGAAGGAGAGCCAGCUUCGAAAGGAUCUCAUGCAGAGCAUUGCUUCCUUCGAGCAGCAAUACCCGCUUGGUGGCACUUCCGCACAGGAGUUUCACACAGCGAGACAAGCUCAGAAAUCAUCCUUCAUGACCCGGAAAUCGCCGUAUACCAUUUCUGUGCCCCAGCAGGUUGCGCUCUGCGUACAAAGGGGCUUUCAAUUAAUCCAGGGAGACAAGUCCUUUUUUAUCGUCACAGUCUUUGGCAAUCUCCUCAUGUCUCUCAUACUAGGCAGUGUGUUCUAUGACUUGUCCGACGAUUCAGCCAGCCUCAACUCGCGAUGUAUUUUGCUGUUCUUUGCUCUGUUGUUCAAUGCCUUGAACAGCUCCCUGGAGAUUCUGUCCUUGUAUGCGCAGCGGCCAAUUGUCGAGAAGCACAGCACAUACGCAUUCUACCACCCGCUCUCUGAGGCACUUUGCUCGAUGAUAUGUGAUCUUCCAAGCAAAGUACUCAGCACCCUGGCCCUGAAUAUUCCUCUGUAUUUUAUGGCCAAUCUGCAUCAAGACGCGGGGCACUUUUUCAUCUAUCUCCUUUUCAGCUUCUCUUCAACGCUGGCCAUGUCCUCCAUCUUCCGCACUAUCGGCCAGUCUACUCGCACUAUUGCUCAAGCAUUGACCCCAGCUGCAUUGUUCGUCAUUGGCCUCAUUGUGUACACGGGCUUCGUUCUACCGGUGCGAGAUAUGCAGGUCUGGCUACGCUGGAUCAACUACAUUAACCCUCUGGCAUAUUCAUACGAGUCCCUGGUUGCGAAUGAGUUCCGCGGCCGCAGCUUUCCUUGCGCCAGUUUCAUUCCUUCUGGUCCUGGGUACGAAGAUAUCAAACCCACUGAACGCACCUGCUCCAUUCCUGGGGCUGUCGCAGGCAUCGGGGUGGUGAGUGGCGACGCAUACAUUGCUGCUAGCUAUGAGUACAGCUACUCCCAUGUUUGGAGGAAUUUUGGCAUCUUGAUCGCUUAUAUAGUUUUCUUCGCCUGCGUUUACGUUUUGUGCGCCGAGUACCUCACUGUAAACACCUCACAAGGGGAGGUCCUUCUUUUUCAGCGCAGCCAACAACGAGAAAUGGACGGCAAACUACGCCUGGACGAAGAGACUUCUGUCGAGCUAGUGCCUCCCAGGGAGUGCCAUGUCGCCGCAGGUCCAGCUUCCCAUGCGGGGCCAGACAAGCCCAUUAAUAUUAAGAAGCAGACAGGCGUUCUGCAUUGGAAGGACUUAUGCUAUGAAGUGUCGAUCAAGGGCGAGCCCAGAGUGAUAUCAGACCACAUCGAUGGAUGGGUGCGACCAGGGACACUGACUGCGUUGAUGGGAGCAUCCGGAGCCGGGAAGACAACAUUACUUGAUGUAUUGGCAAAUCGGGUGACUUCGGGUGUUGUCACUGGUAAUAUCUGUGUUAGCGGACGCCCACGAGACUCGUCCUUCCAGCGGCAGGUUGGUUACGUUCAGCAGCAAGAUGUACACUUGGAAACAGCUACUGUGCGGGAGGCUCUGCAGUUUAGCGCCCUGUUAAGACAACCAGCACAUGUGCCCCGAGACGAAAAGUUGAGCUACGUUGAAGAGAUCAUUGCCCUGCUGGAGAUGGAGCGUUAUGCCGGUGCGAUUGUGGGUGUGCCCGGAGAGGGUCUGAACGUGGAGCAAAGAAAACGGCUCACAAUUGGCGUCGAACUGGCUGCGAAACCGGAGCUUCUGAUCUUUCUUGACGAGCCAACUUCGGGCCUGGAUAGCCAGACUGCCUGGUCGAUAUCAAUAUUGCUCCGUAAGCUCGCGGACCAUGGACAGGCUAUUCUCUGCACCAUCCACCAGCCAUCAGCCCUGCUCUUUCAGCAAUUCGACCGCCUCCUCCUGCUUGCCAGGGGUGGCCAGACAGUCUAUUUUGGUGAUAUUGGCGAAAACUCCAGGACUAUGAUCGACUACUUUGAACGGUACGGUGCACACCACUGUGCGAAGGACGAGAACCCUGCCGAGUGGAUGCUGUCUGUUAUUGGCGCUGCCCCGGGGAGCUUGGCCGUCCGCGACUGGGCCGAGACGUGGAAAUCCAGCCGUGAAUUCUCCCAAAUUCAUCAGGAACUCGAGCGACUAAAGGGUUUGAGUGUUAGUGUGACUAGAAAUCCUGUUCCAUCCCAGCCUCCACAAGAGUAUGCUGCUCCAUUCCACACGCAGCUGUGGUUGUGCACCAAGCGGGUGUUUGAACAAUACUGGCGCACUCCCUCGUAUCUAUACAGCAAGUUGAUUCUCUGUUUUGGCACGGCAUUGUUCAUCGGACUCUCUUUUCUGCAGACGAAAAUAUCACUUCUGGGCCUUCAGCAUCAGAUGUUCGCCAUUUUCAUGUUGUUGGUCAUAUUUGCGUUCCUCGCCUACCAGACAAUGCCCAACUACAUCGUGCAGCGCAAUCUAUACGAAGCCCGAGAGCGACCCUCCAAGGUGUACUCCUGGACCGCCUUCAUUAUUGCUAAUAUCGUCGUUGAGCUGCCGUGGAACAGCCUCGCCGCUGUGAUUAUAUACAUUCCCUUCUAUUACCUAAUUGGUAUGGACCACAACGCUGAAGUGACACAAACAGUCACCGAGCGAAGCUGGCUUAUUGUACUGCUCAUUUGGUCCUUUAUGAUUCAUUGUGCGACCUUCACUAGCAUGGUGGUGGCAAGUGCAGCUACUGCAGAGGUCGGGGCUAUCAUCGCCCUCAUAUUGUACUGCAUGUGUCUUAUCUUCUGUGGCGUGAUGGCCUCCCCCGCCGCACUUCCCGGAUUCUGGAUCUUCAUGUACCGGGUCUCCCCCUUGACAUACCUAAUCAGUGGUAUGCUCUCAGCGGGACUUGCAAGAACACCGGUGAGGUGCGCCGACGUGGAGAUUACGCUCAUUCAGCCCCCUAGUGGGAAGGCCUGCGGGGAGUAUCUCGCCGCGUUUAUGCAGGUUGCCGGUGGAGAGGUGUACAACCCUAACGCGACGGCAAACUGCCAGUUCUGCUCUAUGUCUUCGUCCGAUAUCUUCCUUACCUCAGUAUCGUCGGACUACAGUGACCGAUGGAGGAAUUUUGGCCUAAUAGUGAAUCAAGAGUCCAAUUACAAUGCGUAUCCUUGUAGGAGUUGA